GGCACGACUGGCCAGUGCUGUCCAGCACUGUUGGCAGAUGACUGGCCCUCAGUCCGGGUCGCCUUUGAGAGCUGUCCACUGCUUCGGAUUGUCUAGCCUGGCUUUCACACCGGCUGCGGGCUGCUGCUGGGAUACCUCAGCGACCCCACCUGUGAGCACCUCCAGCUGCUGUGAGUUGGACCCUGGCCGGCUGCUUGUGGGUGCGCCAUGAGCUCCAGGCCUCGUUGAUGGGACGGCGCCAUUUUGUACAAGCAGCCUUUUGUUCCAGCCUCCUGGACACUGGACACUCUCUGGGGAUGUGCUGGUGACUGGAAACCUGGGACUCUCAGAGCUGGGGUGACCCCCUCACACGAGGAUAGCCAGACUUCACCGAGGAGCACUGACCUUCGAGAAAGGUGCCUUGUGAGCCCUGAAUAUCCAAAACGCUUGUUGGGGGUGCUCUGCUGAGGGGCUGUGGAGCCACCACACCCGCCCAGCUGGCUCUGCACAGCCGCCUCUCGAAGACCUCCCUCCAGUCCUGCCAACCUCCCUGUGACCCUGCCUGACCCCCUCCACCCCAUCCUCCCAGCUGCCUCCUGCUGUGGCUCUGAGACUCCAACCUAUUCUGGACCCUUCCCCUUCCCCCCGCUUUGCCCCCCACCUUCCCCCUACCAUGUAUCCCCUUCAUCCUUGCUGGUCCUGCUGCUGUCUGCUCCUCCUUCUCUCCCUGGGCGUCAGGGGAGCCCCAGAGCCUCCCAGUGCUGUCCCUGAACAAGUUCAUCUGUCUUACCCAGGGGAGCCAGGCUCCAUGACUGUGACCUGGACCACCUGGGUCCCAGCCCACUCAGAAGUGCAGUUCGGGCUGCAGCCGUCAGGACCCCUGCCCUUCCGGGCCCAGGGCGCCGUCAGUCCAUUCGUGGAUGGGGGCAUCCUCCGGCGGAAGCUCUACAUGCACCGAGUCACGCUGCGGGGGCUGCUGCCCGGGGUCCAGUAUGUUUACCGCUGCGGCAGUCCUCAGGGCUGGAGCCGGCGCUUUCGCUUCAGGGCCCUGAAGAAUGGGCCCCACUGGAGCCCCCGACUGGCUGUGUUUGGGGACCUGGGGGCUGACAACCCAAAGGCCCUGCCCCGGCUGCGCAGGGAUGCUCAGCAGGGAAUGUACGAUGCUGUUCUCCAUGUGGGAGACUUUGCCUACAACAUGGAUCAGGACAAUGCUCGCGUCGGGGACAGGUUCAUGCGACUCAUCGAACCCGUGGCCGCCAGCCUGCCCUACAUGACCUGUCCUGGGAACCACGAGGAGCGCUACAACUUCUCCAACUACAAGGCUCGCUUCAGCAUGCCAGGGAACAACGAAGGGCUGUGGUACAGUUGGGAUGUGGGCCCCGCGCACAUCAUCUCCUUCUCCACUGAGGUCUAUUUCUUCCUCCAUUACGGCCGCCACCUGGUAGAGAGACAGUUCCACUGGCUGGAGAGUGACCUGCAGAAAGCCAACAAGAACAGGGCCAGCCGGCCGUGGAUCAUCACCAUGGGGCACAGGCCCAUGUACUGUUCCAAUGCUGACCUGGACGACUGUACCCGGCACGAAAGCAAGGUGCGCAAAGGCCUCCAAGGCAAGUUCUUUGGGCUGGAGGACCUUUUCUACAAGUAUGGGGUCGACCUGCAGCUGUGGGCUCACGAGCACUCGUAUGAGCGACUGUGGCCGAUCUACAACUACCAGGUGUUUAACGGCAGCUGGGAGACACCCUACACCCACCCCCGAGGUCCUGUCCACAUCAUCACAGGAUCUGCUGGCUGCGAGGAGCUGCUGACCCCCUUCACCCUCUUCCCGAGGCCCUGGAGCGCCGUGCGGGUGAGAGAGUAUGGGUACACGCGGCUCCACAUCCUCAACGGGACCCACGUCCACAUCCAGCAGGUGUCAGAUGACCAGGAUGGGAAGAUUGUGGAUGACAUCUGGGUGGUGAGACCCUUGCUCGGCCGGAUGAUGUACCUCUAGGGACGGGGGCAGUCCUUAUUAGAAACCAGGUCUUGCUGCCUUGGUUGGUAUGCCCAGACACUGCUCUUUGGGGAGUCAGGGCAGGCCUUGACUCCCCCGCCUUCCUGAGCCCCGCCCCCUUUGCGUGGGGCAGCUUUCCCCUCCUGGAGAGGUGGACCUCUGGCUGACUGUGCUGGGAGGACAGGUGUGCUGGCACAGAGUGAGGCGGGCUAGGUCCUGGGUGCACAGCCCUGCCCUCCUGCAUAGCAGCGACUGGGCCGGGUGCCCACGGCCUCAGGAAUAAAGAGGCUUCUAGUUACGGCUCCGUGGACUCUGCACUUCUACUGGGGAUGCCUCCUGUGUACCCCCGGACCUUGUGGGGAGAUGUGAGAAGCAUCACCAGUGCCGAAUCACGCAGCGGGGGCUGAGCUGCCAUGACGCCACUGUCCAGCAGGGGGCGUCAGUGACUUUCUCACCCUGGGCUGGCCCUAGGCCAGUGGUCCCCAUAACCCAACGUAUGUCACCUGUGUCCCUUCGUGCCUCAGUUUCCCAGCCUGGCACUGACUUAUCUGGAUGGGGCAGCUGAAUAGCCCGAAGAGCUCACAAGUCUGCCGGUUUCCUCCUUCCUCUCCUUCCCUCUUCAUUUAUUCAGCCUUUAUUCAUUGGGCCCCUCCGUGUACUGCUGUGAACAAGACCGAGAUCUCUUUCCGCAUGGGGUUGACAUUCUACCUGGGCGUCAGCCAGCAAACCCAAUCAAUCAGUAAAGUACACAAAGGGUAAAUACUGAUAAGUGCUCAGAAAAAGCAGGGGACAGGAAGGGGACAGGAAGGGGCCAGGGUGGCCAGGGAGACCUCACUGAGAAGGUGGCUUCUGAUCUGAAGGGGCCUGAGGGAGGAGCUCCGUGGGCAGAGCCUUCCAGGCAGAGGAACAGCCAGUGCAAAGGCCCUGGGACAGGAACGUGCCUGCCCUGUUGCAAUAUCAAUGAGGGGACCGGUGUGGCUGGAGCAGACAGGUGAGCACAGGCAGGUGAGGGCAGGCAGGUGAUGGGGCAGAUGGCAUAGGGCCUCUUGGAGAGUGGGCCGUGUCUUUACCAUGGCUGAGAUGGAGCCACAGGAGUGCUUUGCACAGGUGACACACGUGAUGUGAUCCUAGGAGUUCUAGGCAAAGGUCAAGCUCUGGCCCCAGGACUGAGGGGUCCUCCCUCAGGGAAGCCUGGGGGUCUCAGCCCUAUGGCUGACAUCACCUCUGUUGCUGUCCAGCUUCGGCCUCCUCACAGCUUGUUCCCACACAUACCCCCCCCUUUCAGCCCAAGGUUCUCUGCUCCUUGAGUUUCUAAAAGCUGCUUUCUCACAGCAGGCGUGUUUGUCUCUGAGGCCAUUUGGGCUGGCUCCUUGUUCACCUCAGGCCUCAGCCUUCCCUGAGCAGCUAACAUGGCCACAGUCGCUCCACCCCAUCCUAUUUAGCUUCAUUUCUAGCUCUUAGUUGCUGCAAUUCUUUCAUUACUUUUCUUAUUAAGUUGUUCAGGGUGGCCUGUCCCCAGGGCGGGGAGUCCAAGGCCACCUUGUUCAUUCAUGAGUCCGUCACCGCCAGAUCCCUUCCCCUGGCUGGGUGGGGGCCCUGGGCUCUCCCCAUCCCAUCCCCCACCCCCUGCCCAUUCUGGGCCAUCACCAUCGGGAGGUGGGUCUGUCUCCCCCACCGGAUUGUCAACCC